AUGUUUUUGACUCCGUUGCUGGAGGUGCUAAGCGGUACCCCGUUAAUCGUGGAGGGAAGGGUGCGUGUGGAGUUGCUUUCGCUGACUAAGGGUGAGUUGCGUUAUGAAUGCGAUAAACGUGCAUACGCAUCAGGUGACUUUGCGGGUCUCGGAGACGUGCGCACUGCGGAGCUGUAUGCGCUGUGCCGUAAGUACAGGAUGAACUGUAGUGUGGUGGACGAGAGUGAGUGGCAGGACGGCCCCGCCGCGUGGGACGUCGAGAAGGUCGCCGAGCGCAUCGAGGCGUUCGUGAAGGAGCGCCGCGUCGCCGUCAUUUUCACCUUCGACCGCCAAGGCGCAUCCGGCCACCCCAACCACAUCAGUGUACACAAGGCGGCGACCAUGAAUCCCAUUAGAAGUCCGGUUAUGUAA